AUGGGCACCAGUGAUUGCCCAUUGGUAUCCGUCAGCCGCAGCCUGACGCAACUCACGAGCAAGACCGACACAACCACAUUCAUGGCCGCCGGCAUGGUCUGCACAAAUCUUCCUCUGUGCACCUUCCUGUGGGAGUACAUGCUUCAACUGCAGCGUUUCCUUGCUGAUGCCAGAGCUACCAAUAUAAUCGCCCUAGACCGCACUCCCAAGGAAACGCUCAUAAAAUAUUAUGGCAUAUACGAUCGUUUGUCGCCAGUCCUCCAAAAGGAUAGUGUUCCACUCUUCCUCCGCAUCUUCGAGAAGUACAGGGAGUGCUUUGUUUCUGGUUUUGUCAUCAUUCCACAAACCCUUGACUUAAUUAUUCUAGAGAAUGCCCUGCGUUGUGCUAAUCUUGUUUUGGAGGGGAAGUCACCUAAGCUCUGCGGAGUACGUGCCAACCCCAACUACAUGACCAGCUUUGGGUACUUCCCCCUCCACCAAGCUGCAGAGUCAUUCUCCGUCGAAAUGGUUGAGUUACUGUUCCGGUAUGGUGCAUCGGCCAAUCAGCGCACCUCGGGUAAUAAAAUCAUCGAGGGCCUCCUCCCACUCCAUGUUGCCAUCGAGAACACUUGCCAGCAUAAGUAUCUGGAGGACAACCUAUUAGUUGACGAGAACUACAGGAAGGGGAAUUUUGGGUACAUCUACAAGCUCAUACAUCUGCUUUGCCUGCCUGAGAUGAAGAUCUUCUUGGACACCACUAGAUUGCUUGCAGCUCACACUGAUAAUGUAGUCGAUGAGCUCUGGAAGUACAUGGAGCAUGGGAAGAUUGUCCCUGCAGCUAUUCUUCUCCUUGCAGCUCAAAGGCGAUUUCGUAAGCUCAAUGGUUUUGAUAUGAUCAAGAACCGUAUUGAUGAUUCUAUAUUCUCCCUGAUAAGGGAGGGGUGUGGAUUGCAAAUUGGUAAAAAUACCAAGGCAGCAAAGCAGCGGAAGGAGAAGGAAGUACGUUUCUAUAAUGCGUUCUUCCUUGUUAGGAUAAUUCUGAAAGCUGGUGAAGCUCUUGAUGCAUAUAUUCAAACUCAUUCAGAGGCAUCUCAUCACGAGGUCCAUGGAAAAGUUUCAGCAGUUCUCAAAAGUUAUGAUGUUGGUCCUCUCGGAAAAGAUAUUUGCAUUGAAGACCUUCAAUGCUUCCCCUAUGACUGUGGAGGGCCGGAUGGUGUGUUACAUGAACACGAUACGUCUGUGUUUCACAGCCACAUGAACAUGGGGGCACAGAUUUGA